GGAAAUGGAGGAUCACCAUCGUCCGCAUCAACAUCCGCAGCAACAUCUUGAGUAUGGUACUAUGGGGGAUCUCCGGCACCUUAUGAAUGCACCGAGGUCGCUCUCGGCGGACCUCUUCCCGGCUCACCCGAAUUUGACGCCCACCCACCACUACGACGCCUUGUCUUUUGGUCGUCAUCAACUGAUGGCUGAUAUAAUGCCUCGCGGCCUUCACGAUUCUUCUGCUCUUAAUACUAGCAUUUCCGUGGCCACUCCCGCUGCCGCCGCCAGUACUCCCACGUUCAGUGCCUUUGAGGCAGACACUUCUGGGGGUUUCCCCGGAGACGCCUCCACCGCACGAUGGCCCAGACAGGAAACUCUAACACUUCUUGAGAUCAGAUCUCGUCUUGACUCUAAGUUCAGACACGCCAAUCAGAAGGGCCCCUUAUGGGAUGAACUUUCUAGAAUCAUGGCCGAAGAAUAUGGAUAUCAAAGGAGCGGCAAAAAAUGCAGGGAAAAAUUCGAAAACUUGUAUAAAUAUUACAAGAAAACAAAGGAAGGCAAGGCAGGAAGACAAGAUGGGAAGCAUUACAGAUUCUUUCGCCAACUUGAAGCCUUAUAUGGAGAAAGCAACAACCCAACCUCAGUCCAAGAAACCAAUUUGGGUGGCAACAGUCUUCACUUUCACACCCCCUCCCAAACAAACCAAGACAUUUUUAAUAGGCACUGUGAUAGCGUGAGCCUCACUAAUAACUCCACUGAGGUGGACACAUCAUCAUCGGAUGAAAAUGAUUCAAUGGAGAAGAGGAGAAAGAGAAGAGGAAGAAGCUGGAAAGUAAAGAUAAAAGAGCUGAUCGAUUCGGAGAUGAAGAAGGUGAUGGAGAAGCAAGAGGCAUGGUUGGAGAGAUUAAUGAAGACACUGGAGGAGAAGGAAAAGGAGAGGGCACUGAGAGAGGAAGAAUGGAGUAGACAAGAGGCAGCCAGGUUAGAUAAUGAGCAUAAGUUUUGGGCUAAAGAGAGGGCAUGGAUUGAAGCCAGAGAUGCAGCUUUAAUGGACGCAUUGCAAAAAUUAACAGGAAGAGAAAUAAGGGCUGGUGAUCCAACUACUGCUGAUAUUCAAAAUUACAGCGAAAACCAGAAUGAAGAUGGAAGUGAAAUACUACAUAGCACUGACAGAGUUGGUGAAAGUUGGACAGAAUCUGAGAUCACUACUCUCUUUCAGGUGAGAGCUGAGGUGGAAUCCAGGUUUGGGCAAAGUGGGUGUCCGGAGGAGGUUCUGUGGGAGGAAGUUGCCAACAAAAUGACUUGUUUUGGCUACCAUAAAGCUGCUUCCGUGUGCAAAGACAAGUGGGAAAGUAUCAGAAGCUAUUACAAGAAGCGCAAGCAAAAUUCUGCUAGUUUUUACUUGGAAACCAAUAAUCAGUCACCCCUAUAUAAUCAAGCAAGUGUUUAUUGUGAUGUCAACCAACAGCGGCAGAUUGGUUCUUCACCUUCAAAUUCUAACGUUGGCAAUGCUGCUAGGGCUGAUAGUUGUUUUCCCUUGUUUAUGUGUGAAGGAGAAAAUAUGUGGGAAAAUUUCGGCUUAAAGUUCAACAAAGGAAACCAAAACCCGUGAGCUAAGCACUGUUGACGCCUAUGCAACAGAAUUGACAGAUCUCUCUUUUUUUUCCUCCUUCAUUUUUUUUCUUGAACUAGAUAUAUCUAUGUGUAUUGCACAAUGUUCUGAAAAAUGAGUUAUA